AUGGCUGCUAAUCAAGAGGUCAAUGACAGCUCUUCAGAUCCAGACUCUGUCUCUUUGCUUUUGUUACAAUAUGAAUAUACACAGAAAAGUUUAGAGGUUGAUCUUCAUCAAUGGAGUUUACAAGAUCAAAGUUUGGUAUCAAAGAUUGAACAAUUGAUUGAUAAGAUUGAAAAACCAGUCAAUUACGAAGUUCUGACUAAACUUAUAUUGUUCAAGGGGGAUAUUGGGGUAUUACAAUGUCUGCAAAGAUCUCAUGCUAAAAUUCCAAAGUUCGAAUCAAAAGAUGAACUAUUAACAUUCUUCAAAUAUUUUGGUCUCAGUUCAGAACAAAUGAAAGAAAUCUUAUUCAAAAGUCUUAAAAAUCUAUCUGGAAUCUGUAAUUUCUUAUCAAGCAACAACAAUGAAACCAAAAAGUGUCAUCAAGAACUUCCUAUACUGCAAUCAACUUGUGAACUUUCAAAACUGUCAAGUAUUAUUGAAAACAAUAUACUUUAUAAAAAAUUUGAUGAUAAUGAAGAUCAAUCUCACCCAAACUCUCAAAUUGAAGAAGAAGAAACACCUUCAAAAAGGAAGAAAAAAGAUAUUGAAAGGAGAAGCUCUUCCAUUUAUGUUCCUGCAAAAUCAUUACCUCAACCACCAACUGCAAGUUAUCCAAAUUUAAAUAAUAAUGCUAGACAGCUAGAAUCAUCCCCAAAUUUAGUUGAAUCAAGAUCAUUAGCUCAUCAUCCUGGCCAAAACCCAAUAAAAUCAGAGCCAGUUGCUUCACGCUCUUUCAAGAAUAGUUUACGGGACACCUUUGAAGAACCUCAUCCCAAAAGACCUUCAUUUUUUAAUCCGCGUCGCAAUAACGAUCCUGGGUUGACUGAAGAGGAAUCAAUACUCACAAAUAGAACUUUCCCAGUCGUUAGACCUCCUUCCAGUCCUCCAGAAGCAAAUUUACCACCAUUACCAAAAGAUGAUAUCUUCAAAGUCAGAAAGGAAAUUGACCUUGAUACAGUGAAACCUGCACAAACAACUGAUAACAAAUCAAAAAGUCAUGUUAAAGAUGAAGAAGAUUCUUCAUUAUACAGAUUCACUAUAGCAGACAAUUAUGGAAAUAAAUCAACAUAUAUUAAUACUUCAAAAGAUUCACAAUUUGCUAAAACAUUUAAAUCUUUUUUGAGGAUGUAUCAUAAAGGUUGUGAUCUUGAAGCAACAUUUAUGUUUGGGGAUAAAAGCGCUCGCUUUCGUGAUUCACCUGCAACAUUAGGGUUCAAAAGUAUAGGAGAUAAUUUUUUGAAUGUUGAGGUUAGAAAAUGGUUUCUUGUUGAGAUACGAAGUGGUAAAAAUUUAUUUGAUUUCAAAGCUACUUAUACAGUAUACGAUGAUCUACCAUUGAAAACUACAUUUUUUUUAUAUACUGAUUCAUAUAGAUUAAAAUUUGAUGUUCGUGGGAAAUUUAAUUUUAAAUUUAAACUCAAUGAUCAAGAAAUUAAUCUAGAUUCAACAUGUAAAGAAAUAGGUUUUAAGAGAAAAGAUGUGAUUAUCGCUGAAGAAAUGAAAAGAAAUGAAUAA